AGACAAAAAACAAUAAUGACUUAACCGUGAUCGUAUAAAUAAGAAGAAAUAAAAAUGUAUAAGAACUGGGAAAGCAGAGAAGCUAGGUCCCUAAUUUUGCAUAUUGUUUCAGUGUUUUAUUUUCUAUUUGUGGGGUAAAACUAGCCGGAGGAACUUCAAUUUUUAUUUAUUUGCCACCAAAAGUCCCACAAACCUAUAAAUACUUGGAAUUUGGAAACCUCGAAUUGGAUAGGAAAAAAUACAGGGAGAGUUAGAAACUUCAAGCUUGGAAUGCCGAUGGGGAAGUAUUUUUGCGAUUACUGCGAGAAGGAAUUCCAGGACACCCCACCUUCGAGAAGACGCCAUCUUCAAAGCGGCCAACACCUUCGAGCCAGAGCUCAAUGGUACGCCUCCUUCAAAGAUCCCAACCAUGCUUACCCGACAAAAGGGGUCUGCAACCGCUUUGUCAAUACGGGAUCUUGCCCAUAUGGUGAUUCUUGUAAAUACCUUCAUCCCAAGAACAAUCAGCAGGAUACAGUUUUGAUUGAUAAUAAUCAGUCUUCGAGUUUUCAAGAGAAUCAGUCGGUUGGAGGCAGCUCUUUGCCAGAUGUGGUUGUGAGAGAUCAUACGGGAACGUCAUGGAGCAAUCUACCUCCAUCCCUAAUGCCUCCUCCAGAGGGUGGACAUCCGCGUCUUCCUUUCGUAGACUGGGGAUAAGUUUAUCUUUUUAGAAUCACGUGUCGAUCUUGGACGUAUCUAGAAUCGAGGCAAGACAGGGACUUGAUCAUCAAGCACUCUGACAACGGGGUUCGGAUCAAAAUUUGGCAAGACUGGUCGGGGUUAGUGUUAAGAAUAACAUUCCACAGCAUUCACAUGGACACCGUUCGAAACCGGGUUUUGUUAGAUGAGUACUAUUGUCUCACCAAGAACUGCCCUAACCAAACCUCCGCAGUUCAGAUAUAAGAUAUCCUGCCCAAGGAGUAUUCGUGUCGAACCUGAUUUGCUGGAGUGCUUA